GACAAAGAGCAUGCUCUCACUGCUACACACCAAAAAGUAAACAGCCUGACGCAUCACAUUCACAUUCCUGCCAAAAUCCUGGUGCGACCGGAUCCACCAAAAAAGCAAGCUGGCGUCCCCCCACCUCAAGCAAAAUGCAGUGCUCACCUUCUUAGCAGCAGCAGCAGUGCUCGCCUACUACCUGAGACGCCGCAAAAAACGACGCCAGCAAGCAGCAAAGCGCCACGCGCGCGACCUCCUGUGCGACCCGAGAAUCAAGCGAAGCCUCGUGCCGUACCCGUCGAAGGACACGACGCGCCGGCUCGCGACGCUCACCGGCCUGAGCGCGCAGCAGGUGCACCACAUCGCGAGGAGCGCGCGGUCCGGGCGGUGCGCGCGGCCGUGGCACGGCGAGGCGCCGGCGCAGAAGCGGCGCGAGACGUUCGCGCGGCGGCGCCACUUUUACUUUGCGUUGCACAAGUUUGAACGCAGCGUCUGCUCGACGGCGUGAAGGCGACGAGUGCAAACACGCAGGCCCGCCGGCUGCGUGACGCAGCGCGACGAGACCGCGUCGACGGUCUUCGACGUCCUGCCGCCGGGGUUUCCGCCGCGCGGGCCCGCGUCAAAACGUGAGGUGCCUUCACGGGAUCGCGGCGACAGCGUAAGGCUCGACGGCAAAAGUCGCCAUCGCCGCGACGCACCUGGAACUCGACGCCUGUCGAGUAGACAUCGGCGAUCGUGAAGCCCCGCCCUGGCACCCGCGGGACUAUGCAAAGUUCGAAAAACGAUGGGCGCUCCACAGGCUCGGCCCCGUCGGCCGCCUCGACAAGGCCACGACGGGCCUGCUGCUGUUCACGGACGACGGCGGCCUCGCGAAGCGGCUCGUCGCGGCCGGAACCUGCAGCAAGACCUACGUGCUCGACGUGGCGGGCGACGUCACGGACGCCGCGCUCGCGUCGCUGGCGACGCCGCUCGACGACGUCACGCUGCAUACGCGAGAGGCCGUCCGCACGGCCCCGGCCGACGUCGCGGUCCUGAGGCGCGACGCGACCGCGGUAUCGAGGCGGCGUCCGUCCUUUCCUUCAACCGGCCGCGCGUCGAUGGCGUGGCGUUGGGCCCGCGUCGCGUCGAUGGCGUCCGAGGUGCUGCGCCAGUACAAAGACGACGACGCAGGCGACGCUCGAGGUCACCAUCGCCGAGGGCCGCAACCGCCAGAUCCGCCGGCUCGCGGCGCGCGCCGAUUUAAAAGUGACCGCGCUCCACCGCGUGCGGCUCGGCCCGCUGGCCCUGGGCGACCUGCCCGUCGGCGCCGCGCGGGGCCUGACGCCGCGCGAGGUCGACGCGCUCCUCGGCGCCGUGGGCCUCGCCGGCGCGCGGGGGCCGCCGCGCGCGCUGCCCUGCGCCGCCGCGCCCGAAUUAAGGGAGAGCGACGUCGCGGCGGCGCUGGACGACCUCGUGGCGCGCGCCUA